UUAUUAAGAAGCUCAACGCCGGCUUCCAAACCUUCCACCCCCGUCCUUGAACCUCUUCCCCUUUCCCACGAUUUUCCCUUUGCCAACUGUCCUCCUUCCUCAACACAUCAUCGACCUUGGCAUCAAUUGCUACACUGGACAACUCCUGCACUUACUGCGUUCGCGCACCCAUUACCUCCCAAGUAAGUGCAAAUUUUUCACCUCCUCGCCGCGGCUAUGCGGAUAGAUAUCGGCGCACGACCGCUGGGAGCUCCCGCUCGUGACAAUGACCGCAAGCGACCGUGCUGGGUUGGGCUCUAUCCCACCCACUCGGCCUCGUGGCAUGCGUCAUGUCUCAGACCUGGGAUGGAUGGCUUUCUGAAGAGCUUCCAGCGGGGUUGCUCGCUGUUGAUUGUUUAUAUCCGUAGGAGUUUUCACACAUGCUGACGCGCAUCCUGCCUCACAGAAACAGCUAGCGAUAUCCAUCGCUACGCCUGACUGCCUUUGGUCUUCUCAAAGGCACCCAAGCUCAAUACGGCUUCCUUGGCCGUAGACUUUGUCUCAGACCAAGAUUUCAGCCUUCGACAAACCUUUCACAUCAUCAACUCCCUGCCACCCCCUGCUGAAGUCGCGUAAGGAACUCGAGCUCUCCCUGUUCGACUCCUUGUUCAACCAAGCCCCCCACGAUACCAACAACAACCAGCUGCCGCAUAGGACGAGUUGUGCGGUUCUUCCUCUGACGGAGGAAGAGUCGACGAAGCCUCGUCAGACCUUUGAGGGACCAGUCUGCUACCCACACCGACCUCCCUAAUACUCGCUUGAGCACCCCGUGCUAUCACAUCGCCUUUUAUCUACUACCCAAAAAACAUAUUCUGAGCUUUCGAUAAGUUCGAUAUAGAGCUCAUCACCCACCCACGCUCGAGAUCACGAGAACAUCUCUAAUAUUCUACCCACCCGCCGCCGCUACCUACCACCUAAUUCUUCUCGACCGCUCACCCCCGUUACGAUCCCGGAUAUGGUUAUGCCAACUUUGCUCGCCGAUCGCUUCGUAUCACUCGAUUAUACGGAAUUAACGAAUAAUCAUGUCUUUUUAAAGAGCUGCAACAAUGGCUACUUUGAGCAACACAACCAUCACCAUUUAGGUGAACACCACCACCAUGAGGGUCCUACCGCCAAGGAGCUGAUUGGCAAUGCCCUCCGCCAGCGCGUGGAGAGCAUUGACCACGAGGACUGCGAGCCCGGAGAGGAGGACACCUUCUUUGUGGCCGACCUCGGUGAGGUCUACCGCCAGCACCUCCGCUGGAAGAUGAACUUGCCUCGCGUCAAGCCCUUCUAUGCCGUCAAGUGCAACCCGGACCCUAUGCUCCUCAAGUUGCUGGCUGCCCUUGGCAAUGGCUUCGAUUGCGCCUCCAAGGCCGAGAUUGAGCAGGUCCUCCGCAUGGGAGUUGACCCCUCCCGCAUCAUCUAUGCUCAGCCCUGCAAGACCAACUCGUAUGUGCGCUACGUUGCCCAGCAGGGCGUGCGUGCCAUGACCUUUGACAAUGCCGACGAGCUUCGCAAGAUUGCCCGCUUCUACCCCGAGGCCGAGCUUUAUCUGCGCAUCCUUACCGACGACACGUCGUCCCUUUGCCGCCUUAGCAUGAAGUUUGGCGCCUCGCUCGACUCGACUGAUGGUCUUUUGGCCUUGGCCCGCGACUUGAACCUUAACGUCGUGGGUGUCAGCUUCCACGUUGGCUCUGGCGCUUCGGACCCUAGCGCUUUCUUGAAGGCCGUCCGUGACUCGCACAUGGUCUUUCAGCAGGCUGCCUCUUAUGGCUUUUCGCUCAAGACUCUGGACGUCGGCGGUGGCUUCUGCGCCGACAACACCUUUGAGCAGAUGGCUGGUGUUCUCCGUGAAGCUCUCGACGAGUAUUUCCCCGCUCACAGCGGUAUCAACUUGAUUGCUGAGCCCGGCCGUUUCUACGCCUCGGCUGCCUACACUUUGGCCUGCAACGUCAUUGCCCGCCGCACCAUCCAGGACACCGCCUUGAUUAACAACGGCACCACGACUCCCGAUCCCAGCUACAUGCUAUAUGUCAACGAUGGUCUGUAUGGCAACUUCAGCAGCAUCAUGUUUGAUCACCAGCACCCCGAGGCCAAGGUGCUCCGCGCCGGCGGCCAGACUCUGUAUGACACCCCCGCCGCCAACGGUAUGGAUGACCGCAGCGGAGUGGAGUACAGCAUCUGGGGCCCGACCUGCGACGGCAUCGAUCGCAUCACCGAGAGCAUCCGCUUCCCUGUUGUCCUGGACGUUGGUGACUGGCUCUACUUUGAGGACAUGGGUGCCUACACCAAAUGCUCCGCCACCACUUUCAACGGCUUUUCCAACGAGCACGACGUCAUCUACGUGUGCAGUGAGCCCGGUGCCAAGGCUCUUUUGGACUUGUAACUUGGAAGUUACGAGAUAGUUGAGUAAUGGGAUUGAGAUUUUUCAUCAAGAGGGUGGAUUUUCACUUUUUUUGUUGGCUGCUUGCAGCCUACCACAACAGCGCUGCGUUCAGAGAGGAAGAACAAUGAUAACAAAAGGGGGUUGAUUUUGACAUUGCUUUUCGCUUCGUUUUGAUCGGUUAUAGAUGAACUCUUUGAUAAGACAAUAGAUUUUGUCCCAACUUUCUUGCCAGACUUUGCAUAUGUGUUUGUACUUUG